UAAAUAACUUACGAUUAUUUUGUUUAAGAAAUAAUAUGGCGUCUAAUCUUUUUAAUAUAUCAACAUACAGUCGAUUUAAUUUGUCAGAGAGUGAAUCUGAUAUUCAAGUUUUUGUCAAAGAAUAUGGGUAUCGCAUAAAAAAACAACUUAUUCGUGAGGAUGAGAAGGGUCUCUCGGGCUUUGUUUCUUUUGCGGAGAGAAGUUUAAGUUUAACAGAAUUGACUUGGUUACGAGACAAUGAAGAAAGAUUUUUUAAGGAUACUCCUAAUGAGAAUUUGCUACGUUUGGACUAUUUGUCCGAAACUGGCUUUAUUACCUCUAUGAUAUAUAGUCCUGAUGGCGAAUUUUUAAUCGUAGGUCACUCAUCUGGUCUAAUUCAAAUGCGUCAUGGUACUACAGGCGUAGUUCUCUGUACUCUGCGUAACAUACAAUUUCCCCCGAGACCCAUCUAUGCUAUCGAAUACAGUCGUUUAGAAGAACGUGUGUGCUAUGCCGCUUGCAGCGAUGGUGCCAUAUACAGAAUUGAAAUACCUAAUAUCGCAACAUCAGUGGACGAUCCUCCCGGGUAUUGUAUUCGUGCCGAUCCUGCUUUGGAAUGUCUUAACACACAGUUUUAUGGCUCUCCUGGAAUAUCUUCCGCCUCUACCCCGCUUAUAACACAGAGAUCGCCGGCUCUAUCCUUGGGCAUAUCGGCUGAUCAGGCGAAAGUCAUUGUUGGGUACGCUGACGCCUCGAUAAAAGUGUACGAUAUGGAAACUCUAGAGGCGGACCUAACAUAUAAGGUCCACAAACUGCGUUUACAGUUUAUACCUAAGAAACUUCAGAGAAUGCAUUUUGGGCAAGUCUGUGCUCUAAGGUGCCACGACCAGAAGCCUUUUAUAUUUGCAUCAGGAGCCUGGGAUAAUACUUUGAGGAUUUGGGAUAUAAGAUGCCAAGUUGGAUGCAUAAUGACUUUCGAAGGAGUAAAUAUAUGUGGUGACAGCAUUGAUCUGAAUAGGGAUUAUUGCAUUUCUGGAAGUUGGCAGCCAACUGAAGCGCUGUCGGUUUGGGAUUUGACUGCCAAAAAAAGAUUGAGCACCAUCAGAGUACAAAACCGACGACCUGAUGUUGAUGGGGAGUAUAUUUACGGUUGCCGCUAUUGGAGAUCUUCAAAGUAUAACCGUAAGGGCAAAUACGGUAUCAUAGGCGGUAGUGGAACAAACUGUGUUGAGGUCAUCAAUCUUCACAAUCGCUACAUAGCCUGCUCAUAUCCGUGUCCUGGAACAGUACUAGCAAUAACCAGUCACGAAGAAAGAAUAGCGUUCGGAGGUACAGCUCCUUUAUUGAACAUUGUCAGCUUCCAUGAUCCAAAGCACGAGAAAUAUAAAAUAAAAGAGGAACAACAAUUCGAAUUUACCGUGAAAGAUGUUACGUGGUUCGACGAAGAUCAAAGUUCUGAAGAAGUUGUUGAACAUCCACCUAAGGUUACGCAUAGUGUGAAUUGUCCGGUCAUAUCUAAAAUGAGUACGAAAUCAGUUACUUAAUUUGUGAACUGCCAUAAAUGAAACGGAAAAUCAGAAGAUCGAAUUCUUACGGCUGUCAAUAAGGAAAUCACGGUAUAAAUCCAAUACAGCCAGUCAUUGCGCUCUAUAAAAUUACUGUCGAUAUUUGUUAGGACCAAAUUAAAUCGACCUUCGCUGCCAGUCAACUGUAACGUUGAUUACUUAACACUUAACUUAAAUGCUGUUUACGAAAUGUUUUAUAUUUUAUAUAUAAUUUAAUGGCUAUAUAGUUUAUUGGUGUUUGUUUUCUUUAUUUGUGUAUGCAUAUUUUUUUCUGUAAAGUAAUUUUUAUGUAAACGCCUUCAUAAAGCAAAAAAUUCAAACGAUUUGUUCACGCACGCAAAUUGCCCAUCACGGGUAAAAGUAAUCUAUUUUAAUUUUAGGGAAAAGAAUGUCACAUUUUUUAAAUUACCUUCACCUUCAAACUCUUGUUUUAUUAGAUUCACGAAUUUUUCCUCUCGUUUCAAGCGUUUAAUUAAUAUUUAUUUGCCAUGGGCAGUAAAUAAACAUUCAAUGAUUAAUUUUUGGUAUAGAAAUGUUUGAAAUAGAAUGAAAAAUAAAUAUUAAAGCAUUUUGUAACUUGGUUUGGUUUGGCAACGUAAUAAAUUUUUACAGAAUUGGUUAUAUUUUGUUGG